ACAUAGUAGAUUUUACUCAGCAUAGUUUUUGGUCAUGUCUUCUUUUCAUUUCAGGGAAACAUUGGAUGUCGUUUCCGCUAACAUUCCGGUUUCUGUGGCGCUGCAAUCAUGCUCAUCUAAUCCCGUACAGCCUCAACAAAGCCCUCCCGAGCAAGUUGAUGCUACUAACUCCAAAAAUUGUCUAUCUGGAUCUUUAAAUGCUUUUCAACAUGGAAUUGACAAUAUUGAUAUAACUAAACCCAGCUGUUCCAUUGAUCUGGCUUCUACAAAAAGUGAUGGAGUUUCUGGUAGAAGGAAUAAAAAUUGGCCACUAGUUUUUCCCAUAGAUUUUGAUAAAUUUCAUCCAUCUCUUCAACAAGCCUUAGAAAAGAAAACUCCGCUUCUGCCUAGGCAUCAAAGAGCUCUUAUACAGAGUUUGUAUGAGACAAUUCUGUCAUAUUCAAUUUACCCAACUCCAUCUCAGUUUAAGUCUGUGGCAGUGGCUCUGCUUACAAUGUACCCUCACCUUGGCAAUGGACUGACACAGCAUGAUGCUGAAAGUUACUGGAGGUACAGACUAUCACACAAGUUGCGAAAUAAAAGAAGAACUGAGGUUCGAGACUUGCCGGAGGUUGAGCACAUGAGGAUGAAAAAUCAGUUAUAUAAAGCAAAUAAAUGUCAGGGGACACUGAAAAGGAAACGUCCUCUUGGUUUUGGAUGUCCCAACUUCUUACCUACUCGAGAUAAAAGUGAAGAUGACGCUAGCAUCAACGCACAUAUUCAGUUUAUGAAAAGUGAGGUGAUGAAAGAGCAGCCAAAUCAUGAUGCCAUCAACACAUCACUGAAAUGCACGUUUGCCGACAGGCGGCGAUAUAUCUUUACCGACCUACCCUCUUCAGAAAAUGUGAAGGAGUUAUAUCCAUGUCUGUUCACCCCUAAUCAGUUACUCGAAGAAUUCCGACGCAUAACCGAAGUAGACUUACCUGCUGUAAUCACUGUUUUUUUGAAGAAGUAUGCCAAGUCCAUCAUUCGAUUAACUGCUGAUGGUGCAAUGAUUUCGGCAGAUAAUGAUACUGCUAUCGCCGAAAUGGCAAUGGCCUCACUUCCUAAACUGAUGAAAGAGACACUUCCAUCCUCUACUGAAAUUACUUUGAGCUGAGAUGACAGAGGUGCCUGGCUCUGGUGAAUCUUUGGGCUUAUCAGAACACAUCACCUUUCCUACAGUUUUUGAAAGUUUCCCUGGUUACACUAAUUCUCGAAAAGCGAAGAAGUCACGCUACGCUCAGUACCACGAUGAGGGUAAUUGGGCUGACACAUUUUUAAUCGAUGAAACAACAUUACCCCCUAGCCUCAGAAAUGCACUUCAUCAGCAGAAAGCUCUUCAAAAGGCGCACCUGACCCUCUUAAUGGACCAUCUAUACCACGGAAUUACCCGCUUUACUUUUUACCCCACUCCAAGUCAAUACAAGUCCAUCGCUAUAAAAAUUGUUGAAAAAUAUCCGUAUUUGGUACCGCUUCCAUUCGCAGAGUCGGUGAUCUAUUGGAGAACCCGCUUGUCUGAAAAACUGAGGAACACAAGAAAGCGGAGAGAUCUUGAAGUACCAGCUGUUGAGGCCUACCGUAAACGAAGACAAUCCAUGAUGGUCAAGACUGCAGAGCCUUCGGCUUCAUCUCAAAAUGAAAGUAGUGCAAGUCAGAUCGACGAUCAUUUGAAGCGCACUCCUAAAAGUAAACAAACAUUUGGCGUGGUAAAUUGUCCAACUCUUGAUUGUUCAGCGGAUGACGAUUCUGAAAUGACGCAGCACAAAGAAGUCAUGUUGAAUGACUUCAAAAAUAACGAGAACGAUCGGCAGAAGAUCAAUGACCUAAUGAACAAAACUUUUCCAUACCGGCGCCGGCUUAUUGUCACCGGCAUGAUCAAUGUUCAGCAAUUAAAGAACGAUUUCCCGUAUCUGUUUGAUGAACAACAGAUUAUUCUGGAAUUCCGUCGUCUCACUGGAUUGGAUAUUUUGGAAGUGAUGACACAGAGGCUAAUGGCCUAUGCUCCUGCUAUUCUACGCCUUGCGAAAGACGACAUGGGUUUUACGACUAUACUGGACCCUCCUCCAAAUGAGAAGUUGAAAGAGGGACGUUGCUGUCGAGCUAUUUUUCAUCUGCCUUCUCUACUAAAGGAAAGAAGUCAGCUUGGGUGCGCUAUUCCAGCAUCACCUGCUAACGAUGAUCGUGCGCCCUAUCUUUUGGUGGAAUUUCCUUGGGCCUCCACACCCGGUGCAACCUCAGUUGAUGGAAGUUAUUCUGGCAGUUUUCCAUUCGAGGGUCCUGCUAUGAAUGAACAAGAUGCCGGUGCACUACCUACCGCCAACUCCUCCGUUGAUAUUUCGCUGCAUGAUAGCGUUCUUUCUGCCGUCGCUCCGGUUCAUUUUCUUGAAGACACUUCUGAGGAAUCUUUUGCUGAAUGGAAAUCGACAGUUGACAAGGCACUUUCUUCUGCUUUCCCACCCGUUGAAAGAAGGCUUAAUGACCAUGUUUCAGCUAUUGACACAACAAUUCAAGUUGUAGCUGAUAAAAUUCAUGUGUGUAGUACCAAAGGUCUUCUUAAAGGCGUAGUUCUCUGGCUUGCUCUCUACUACAUACUGAACCGCUCUUACCCGUCAUGCUAUAAGAACACUUUAACUUUCUUGCAGAAAACAGUUCUAGGGGUCAAGGAUUCUAUUAAAACUCCUAUGGCUGUAACUGCUCUGACCAUCAAAUUGAACGAUUUGCUAAAUAAAGACUACACACAGCAAGUGAUAAAUUAAUUGCAAAUGCGUUACUUUUUACUUAUCGCCUUCUAAACAACAAAGAGACCGUAUUUGUGGAAUCAAAGAUUGAAUUUUUAUUCCUAUCCUAAUGACUAGAAGCUAUUCUGUAAUAAUUAAGUGACGAUGAUGGAUUUAAUUAUCUUCCCUGUUUCAUUU